GGUUGCUGGUAAGCUGAGUUCUACUCUCUCAUGGGUCAAGAACUCAGUCAGUCAGAUGGCUAGUCAGGUGGCCACGCCCACAUCCCUUCAGACCACUGCCACCACCUCCUCCUCUACGUCCCUGUCCUCGCCUGCCCUCUCUCCGUCCUCGCCGGCGCAGCUCAGUCCAGAUGAUGUGGAGCUGCUUGCUAAGCUUGAGGAACAGAACAGGCUGUUGGAGACUGACAGCAAGUCGCUUCGCUCCAUGAACGGCUCCAGGAGAAACAGCGGUUCCUCCCUGGUAUCUAGCUCCUCCGCCUCCUCCAACCUAUCCCACCUGGAGGAGGACUCGUGGAUUCUCUGGGGACGGAUAGUCAAUGAGUGGGAGGAUGUGCGCAAGAAGAAGGAGAAGCAGCUUAAGGAUCUUGUUAGAAAAGGGAUUCCUCACCACUUUCGGGCGAUCGUGUGGCAGCUGCUGUGCAACGCUCAGAACAUGCCCAUCAAGGAUCAGUACUCGGAGCUGCUGAAGAUGACGUCGCCCUGCGAGAAACUGAUUCGCAGGGACAUCGCCCGCACAUAUCCCGAACACGAAUUCUUCAAGGAGAAAGACAGCCUGGGUCAGGAAGUGCUCUUCAAUGUUAUGAAAGCAUAUUCACUGGUGGAUCGUGAGGUCGGCUAUUGUCAAGGAAGUGCAUUCAUUGUGGGACUGCUACUCAUGCAGAUGCCAGAAGAGGAGGCCUUCUGUGUGUUUGUGAAGUUGAUGCAGGACUACAGGUUACGAGAGCUCUUCAAACCCAGCAUGGCCGAGCUGGGACUCUGCAUGUACCAGUUUGAGUGCAUGAUUCAGGAGCAUCUCCCAGAGCUGCACAUACAUUUCCAGGCUCAGAGCUUUCACACCUCCAUGUACGCCUCCUCCUGGUUCCUCACCAUUUUCCUCACCUCCUUCCCUCUGGCUGUCGCCACGAGGAUCUUCGAUAUCUUUAUGUGUGAGGGACUGGAAAUAGUUUUCCGUGUGGGACUGGCUAUCCUCCAGAUGAACCAGACUGAACUCAUCCAGCUUGACAUGGAGGGAAUGUUACAGCACUUUCAGAAGGUCAUCCCACACCAGCUGGACAGUGGACCAGACAAAGUCAUCCAGGCUGCUUAUCAAGUUAAAUACAACGCCAAGAAGAUGAAAAAGUUAGAGAAGGAAUACACUACAAUCAAAACUAAAGAGAUGGAGGAGCAGGUGGAGAUAAAGAGGCUGCGGACAGAAAACAGACUCCUGAAGCAGAGGAUAGACACACUAGAGAAAGAAAGUGCUUCCUUGGCAGAUAGAUUGAUCCAGGGACAAGUGACUCGAGCUCAGGAGGCCGAGGAGAACUACCUGGUCAAGCGGGAGCUGGCCACAGUCAAACAGCAGAGCGAGGAGGCCAGUGCUCAGCUGGAGCAGGCCAAGAACACCAUCAGGCAGCUCCAGCAGCAGCAGCAGCAGCAACAGCAGCCUCAUGCGAAAGGAGCCCCUCGCUUCUCUGAGGAGUCGGUCCUGCAGCUGGAGAGAGAGCUGGUGCAGGCCAGGCUGAAGGAGGCAGAGUCCCAGUGUGCUCUCAAAGAAAUGCAAGACAAGAUCCUGGAGGUGGAAAAGAGGAACACAUCGCUACCGGAUGACACCAAUGUUGUACGACUACAAGAAGAGUUGAUUGGGGUGAAGCUGAGGGAGGCGGAGGCUCUGACGGGCCUGAAAGAGCUGAGGCAGCAGGUCAGAGAUCUGGAGGACCACUGGCAGCGUCACUUGGCACGCACCGCUGGUCGCUGGAAGGACAGCCCCAGGAAGAACACGCUGGGCGAGCUGCAGGACGAGCUGAUGAGUGUGAGGCUGCGUGAGGCCGAGGCUCAGGCAGAGCUGAGAGAAACACGGCAGAGGAUGCUGGAGCUGGAGACACAGAAUCAGAUUCACAGCAACCACCUGCGACGGGCCGAGCAGGAGAGCAAGAGUCUCCGGGAGCAUGUACAAACACUGACAGUGCAAAACAAAGAUUUGCAUGUGCAACUGCAGGAGAUCAAGCGGAGACAAGCUGAGAUUGAAUGCAAGAGUAAGGAAGAGGUGAUGGCAGUGAGGCUGAGAGAAGCUGACAACAUUGCUGCUAUGGCUGAACUCCAGCAACAGAUCUCAGAGCUCGAGAUUCAGAAAGAAGAAGGAAAGGUCCAAGGCCAGCUGAACCACACAGACUCAAGCCAGUACAUCCACGACCUCAAAGACCAGAUAAAAGAGCUAAAACAUGAGAUUUGCUGCUUAAAAGGGCAGAGGGGCAUGGCCAAACAGGCCGCUUUUGAUGGGAUCCACAUCGUCAAUCACUACGUGGGGGAUUAUGAGUCUUACCACUCUUCAGAUGAAGAUGGAGUCAAGGACCCCACCCUCCAGGACACCCAGCAGAGGAGCGGCAGUGGUGGCCGUAUCAGACUGCGCCCCAACCUCGGAGACACGGACAGCGAGGAUGAGGAGGAUGGGGAGGCCCUGCGGCUCACCGUACCUUCCAGCGGCAGCCACAAGUCGACCACCGUGUGACGAGCACCCGCUGGGUGCCAGAGUCAAGACGCAGGCUGUCAGCACUCAAUGAGGAAGAGUGAGUGUUCCCUGCAGCCCAUUUCAGAGGAGAGGUGUGGAUCUGGAGUACUGAAUUUCAGAAUGGAAAUGCAUCAUCAUUUCAUAUCAUAAGAAUCACACUUAUAGAUUUAGUUUUUCUUUGUUUACCUCCCUUCUGUAUCCUGUGUUUUCUGCUGGAGGCCAGCUAACAGCUGGCAGAUCAUCAGUCUGCACCUCAGCAGAGAAUGAAUCAAUGUGGAGCGUAUCAAACCCAACUGGGUUACAGAGACCAGAGGAUGAAGGGCAGGGUGAGGGGUUAGAGGGGGUCAGUCUAUCACUCCUCUGAUCCCCUUUAGCUAGGUACAACACAGAGAAAGAGACUGUGCAAUAAAAACAUUUUAUGUUAUCUUUCACACUUCAUCCAAUGUGUUUUUAUAUUUUUAAAGCAUUUUAUAAAUGAACAUCAAAGAUAUAUUGAUGCCGUUACUACUAAGUGUCCAUCAUGCAGAGGCAGAAUUGUAUGAGAGUGUGUGUGUCUGUGUGUAUGUAUGUGUGUGUGUGUAUAUCUAUUGUCUUGAUGAGCUUGAUCAGAGCAUGGUAUCAAAGCCGCUUGGAUCAGCCAGUGUUGACUUUUUGGCCUUAGCACAUGCUGCAUGCCUUUCACCAGGGCCGGUGCACCACGACAUCAAUGGUGACAUCUGCAAACUUGUAGAUAUGUAAAUGUGUAUUAUGUCUUGUUUUGUUUUUUGAAUUCCCUUUGAACUUGAAAAUAUGUAUGUACUGCAUAUCUUAUGUUUAAAAUAUAUUGUACAAUUCAGAAAAAAGGGACAUGUUAGUUUAAAUGAUAAAUCCUACUUUAGAGACCGCUGAGGAGAGAGAGUCUGAUAAAAGACAAACACUCAUCUUCAGACAGCUUCAGAUUAAUCAGAUGUUUUCUGAGCAGAAGAAAACAGGACAGAUUUAUUUCUGAACUACUGUUGCUGUUGUUCUCUGGAAGCAUCGCAACCUUACUUUCAAAAUGAACCCCUGCAGAAAAUCAGUUCAUUGAAUACUAAUUGCUGUUUCACCGAUAAGUCAAACAUGACUAAUGUCUAUCAUAUGCUUUGUGUCACAAAUUUGCACGGAAAUGGAUGACAGGCCUAGGGAACUUCAACUGGCUGAUAAAAGCUGAGAUAAUGCAUCGUAGUACACUUUAUAACACAGUAUGGAGGGGAGGCGAUGAUGCUUUUUUUUUUUUUUAAAUCAAGUGUACCAAAGUAAGCACUAUAUUCUGCAUUGUGCUGUCCACGGGCCAGUUCCACUCCAUUUCACACACAAAGGACCUGGUAAAUGUUUGUCUGAAUGUGUUGAACACUAACUCCUGUAUUCACUGACAGACGUGGUGGAAGUGAACGCAGCAGUCUUGGGGCUGUCAUGUCCAGGAAACAA